GACCAAGUCUUGAUUGCUGCAUGUGGCUGCUUCUUUGGCAGUGGAAACUACAUUCAUAGGAUGGAGACGAAUCUCGAGGCUCUAGGUAAAGCUAUGAAAACACUUGAGGGGAGACGAAAUGAUCUGUUAAGAAGUGUUGACAGAGAAGAAGAUAGAGGUUUGCAACGUCUUGAUGAAGUCCAGGAUUGGUUUUCGAGGGUAGAAGGUCUUGGAUCCCAAGUCAACGGUCUGCUUGAGGCUAGAUCAACUGAAACUCAAAGAUUGUGUCUGCUUAAUUACUGGUCUGAGGAUUGUGUAUCAAGCUACGAGUAUGGUGAAAAGGUAUUUAAGAAGUUGGAAGAAGCUGAAAAGCUUCUAUCUGAAGGAGUUUUUCCGGUUUUGGCGAGGGAAACUCCUGUACCUAAGGUGGAGAAGAUGCAUAUUCAAACCACAGUUGGUCUAGAUGAAAUGGUGAAAAGGGUAUGGAACUGUCUCAUGAAAAAUGGACGACGAACUUUGGGGCUUUAUGGUAUGGGGGGAGUUGGCAAAACAACCCUCUUAGCUCGUAUUAAUGACGAAUUGUUUGAAGAGAACAAUGGAUCGUAUUAUGUGAUGUGGGUUAUGGUCUCCAAAGAUUUUGAAAAUAAGGGCAUUCAGGAUCAGAUUUUGCAAAGACUACAUCUUGACAAGGAGUUGGAACAAAAAACAGAAAAAGAGAAAGCCUCUUUGAUAUACAAUCUCCUUAUGAGAAGGAAAUUCGUGUUGUUGAUGGAUGAUCUAUGGAGUGAGGUAGAUCUGAACAGGAUAGGAGUUCCUCCUCUAACCGAAGAAAAUGGAUCCAAAUUAGUUUUCACCACGCGUUCAAAGGAAGUUUGCAAAGACAUGAAAGCUGAUGAAGCGAUGCAAGUGAAUUGUUUGUCAUGGGAUGAAGCGUGGGAUUUGUUUCAAAAAGAAGUUGGAGAAACCACUUUGAAAAGCCAUCAAGAUAUUCCUCGACUUGCAAGAGAAGUUGCAAGAAGGUGUCGUGGCUUGCCACUUGCACUAUGUGUCAUUGGCAAAACUAUGGCAUAUAAAGAAACUGUACAAGAAUGGCAUCAUGCAAUUGAAGUUCUGAACUCAUCUCGCCGCGAGUUUCCAGGUAUGGAAGAAAAUAUUCUUCCCAUUUUGAAGUUCAGUUAUGAUUGGUUGAAGGAUGAAAAAGUCAAGUUGUGCUUCCUUUAUUAUUCUCUGUUUCCGGAAGAUUGUGAAAUGGAAAAGGACGAGCUGAUUGAGUAUUGGAUAUGCGAAAAGUUUAUAGAUGGAAACAGAGAUGAAUAUGGAGUAAAUAACCAAGGCCAUGAUAUAAUUGGUUCGCUAGUUCGUGCACAUUUGUUGAAGGAUGGUACUAAAGUCAAAAUGCAUGAAGUUAUACGGGAGAUGGCUCUAUGGAUAAUUUCUAACUUUGGGAAACAUAAGAAAACACUUUGUGUGAAAAAUGGGGAGCAGUCACACGAGACACCAAAGGACAUCGAUAGAGAAAUCGUGAGAAGGAUUUCCUUAAUGAGUAAUCAUGUUACAAAUACUUCUUGCAUUUCUAACCUUUCAACAUUAUUGUUCAAGAGAAAGAGGUUGGCAAACAUUUCAGGUGGAUUCUUUCCGUGUAUGCCAGCACUUGUGGUCUUGGAUCUUUCGGAGAAUGAGAGUCUUUCCAAACUGCCAGAAGAUAUUUCUCAUUUAGGUUCAUUGGAAUAUCUCAACUUAUAUGGAACGGGUAUAAAAUCGUUACCAGUAGGUUUGAAGGAGUUGAGAAAACUAAUCUACUUGAAUUUGGAGUAUAGUGAGCUUCAGUGUAUUGAUGGGAUAGUAGGAAGUUUGCUUAAUUUGCAAGUAUUGAAAUUGUAUUGUUCUGAUGUUUAUGUUGAUGAGGCAUUACUAAAAGAGCUACAACUCUUGGAGCACCUGAAGCUUUCAACACUAUGCAUAAGGGAUGCCAAGAUUUUGGAAAGUAUACAAGGUGUUGCCCCACUGGCAAAAAGCAUUCAAACUUUAAGGCUCUCCUAUAUAUCAUCACCUCGUGUAACAUUAUACACGCCAGCUCUGAGCGGUCUUCAACGCCUAGAAAUUAGGUCCUCUGAGAUUUGUGAGAUAAAGAUAGAUUGGGAAGACAAAGAAAGGGGGGAGUGUUCUCCAUGCUUCAAGCAACUCUCCCAUGUUUCUAUAACCAAGUUGGAAGGUCCAACAGAUUUGACAUGGUUGUUGUUUGCUCAAAAUCUCAGGGCUCUAGAUGUGUAUCAAUCAUCAAGCAUAGAAAACAUAAUAGAUAGGAAUAAAGCAAUGAAGAUUACACGUGUGCAUCCAAAUAUUGUUGUCCCCUUGGGAAACCUGGAAUCCCUUCAACUAAGUAUGAUGGAUGAACUAAGGAGUAUCUGUGUGAAUUCACCGGCUCUUCCAAAACUGAGUUAUCUUAAAGUCUUUAGGUGUCCAAAGUUGCCCGAAGAUGCCAUUGACAUUCUUGGAGAUGCGACACCAAAAGAUUUCUCUUAG